AUGGAGAUAAAUAUUCUUGUGGAAUUACAUUCUCGCCAACUUCUCUUCCUUUCAGUGAUCGAGCUACCUGACAUAGUAUCGGAGCGACACGAAGAAACUGGAGACAUUGCAUUAGGUAUCAGUGAAGAUGCUGUGGUAUCUACUCCUUCGGUCGAAGUUGCCGAGCCCUCCAUUGAGUUAGUUCGGACCAAUGGAAACAUGGCCAUGCCUUCCAUAGCUAACAGUACAAUCGAGAAAUACGCUCCCGAAAAGGUUGAGUCACCCUCAAUGAAGCUUGUGUCAAUCGAAGCUGCUGUUGGAGAAUCCACAAAUAUUCUGACUCAGGUAUGUUCGGGCUUACUGUUUUACCAAAGUUAUAUUCCAACCAAAUUUCUUUCACCCUACAAUAAGUUGGUCUCCAGUAGCUUAAUAUGA